UGGAGAGUUCCUGCAUGGCAGGAUGAGGUUGGACUGGAUGGAUCUCUUUGGGGUCUCUUCCAACUCUAGGAUUCUAUGAUUUUACAUCUGUAUGAGUGGUUUUUCAAAGGUUUAUUUGGUCGUGUCCUACAUUUUCCUUUGACGUCCUACAAGUUGCAGUCCCUUGUUCUCCUCUGUGGUCAUGACAUCUGGCCCCCCUGGUAGCCCUGGGAGGAGGCUUGAAAGCCCACGUCCUUCAAAUAGGCUCUUCUUGAGUAGAUGUGCUAAAAGGAGGGGAGUGGGAAUGGUAGGGAAGCCCAAGAAAAUGAUCAGAGAGAAGUCAAGGGAUUGUUAGAGAGCGAAAGAGGGAGAGCCUUUGGCAUUGCACAGUGGUCUUGGUUUGUGUCCAAGAAAGGCAAGUCUCUCCCCGCCUCUUGCCCUCUUAGUUUCCCUUUGGACUGGAGGCUUCUGAAUGGAAUAAAAAGCCACUCUCCAGCUUGAACUGGAUUGAACACCUCUCUUUACCUCAAAGUGGUCUUCAGAAUAUCUCAGCCACUGGACCUCAUGCUUUCUUUGUAGGCCUUGGCACCCCUAAUCAUUUUCCUUGGCUGUGACGGGCCUUCAGCCAUGUUGGAAACAGCCUUGGAGGAAACAGCCAAAGUGGAAAAGAAGGACUCAGUUGGCUGCCUGAGCACAAUAUGGUAUAAGCGCAGGAGCAAUUUCUUGCAAAGAACCAUGAAGAAGUGUUUCUGGGCGGAUGUGCUGGGAUCAGAUGCACAACACCAGCACUUCAGGCAGUUUGUCUUCCAGGAGGAGGCUUUGGGGCCCCGGGAGGUUUGCAGCCAGCUCCACAAUCUCUGCUGCCAGUGGCUGAAGCCGGAGAGACACACCAAGGCUGAGAUGAUGGACCUGGUGAUCCUGGAGCAGUUCCUGGCCGUCCUUCCCCCAGAGAUAGGGAGCUGGGUUCGAGAGUGUGGACCGGAGACAACCUCCCAAGCAGUGGCCUUGGCAGAGGCCUUCCUCCUGAGCCAGGCAGAGGAGGAGAAGCAGGAGGAGAGAGAGGUGCAGGACUUCUUUGUGGAAGAGGCUGCUGAAUGGGAGAAGGCCCCUUCUUAUUCCAAGAUCAUGAAGGAUGAGAACAGAGGAUCCAUGUUGAUGGGAAGAGGACUAAAGACAUGGCCAAUAUACACAAGCACAUCUUCUCAUGAUGGUGGACUUAGAAUGGCUUCUGCAAGAAAGCAUCUGAUAUUUGAGGAGGUGGCUGUGUUUUUCACUGAGGCAGAGUGGGCCCUGCUGGAUGCAGGCCAAAGGGCCCUUCAUCAGGAAGUGAUGGAAGAGAAUUUGGAUCUUGUGUCCUCUCUGGGUGGAGAUGGACAUAAGAACAAGAAUAAAGGAAAACAAUGCAGGGCCUUGAUUCCAAGAGCUAAAUGUAAACAGAUGAAAACACAAGAGAGAAAAACUGACACUCAGAACAAGAGAACGAUGGUGUUGCAUCAGCCUUCUUUUAAAAAUGAUCAGGUUUGUGGAAUCUCAAACCAAAAAAUAACAAAGAAAAGAAAGGAAAACAAUACAUAUCUUCGUCCUGUGCAUGAGAGAAGCUUCAGGUAUAAAACAAAUUUGAAUCUUCAUAGAAGAACUCACUCAGGGAAGCAAACUUUCAAAGGGGGUAAGCAUGGAAAGACUUCCAAUUUGAAGAAGAGGUUAAUUAAUCAUAAAAAAAUUCAGGCAAGAGAAAAAUCAUUUAAGUGUUUUGGAUGUGGAAAGAGCUUCAACUGGAGGUCACACCUUAGGAUACACCUAAGAAUCCACACAGGGGAAAAACCAUUUAAAUGUAUUAAGUGUGGAAAGAGCUUCAGUCAGAAGUCACUCCUCACAUGUCAUCAGGCAGUUCACACAGGGGAGAAACCUUUUAAAUGCUUGGAGUGUAGAAAAAGUUUCAGUCAGAAAAUAAGCCUCAGUCGCCAUCAAGCAAUGCACAGAGGAGAAAAACCAUUUAAAUGCUUGGUAUGUGGGAAAAAAUUUAGUCAGAAAAUAAGUCUCACACGCCAUCAUGCAAUGCAUACAGGAGAAAAACCAUUUAAAUGUUCAAAGUGUGGAAAAGGCUUCAGUUGGAAGACCCAUCUCACUCAUCAUUUAGCGACUCACACAGGGGAGAGACCGUUUAAAUGCAUGGAGUGUGAAAAAAGUUUCAUUAGGAAAAUGAGCCUUACUCGUCAUCAAGCAAUGCACACUGGGGAGAAACCAUUUAAAUGCUUAGAGUGUGAAAAAACCUUUAGUCAAAAGACGCACCUCACACGUCAUCAAGCAACUCACUCUGGGGUGAAACCAUUUCAGUGCUGUGAGUGUAGGAAAAGCUUUAGUCAGAAGACGCACCUCACGCAUCACCUGGUAACACACACAGGUGAGAAACCAUUUAAAUGCUUGGAGUGUGGAAAAGGUUUCAUUAAAAAAAUAAGUUUCAAUAGUCAUCAAGCAGUGCACACAGGGGAGAAACCAUUUAUAUGCGUGGAGUGUGGGAAAAGUUUCACUUGGAAAACAAGCCUCACCCGUCAUCAGGGAACUCACACAAUGAAGAAAAUGUUGAAUUGCUUGGAGGUCUAGGAGGCCGGAAGGUGCGCCAAAGCCACGGUCCAGUGCUAAGGAGUGGAACACAGCUUUAAGGGUAGCUUCUGGCCUUUUAGGACGCAUGCAUCAUUUAAACAGCAUACCUCCAAAGUCACCCGAAGCAGCUUUAUUUUGGCCUGUCAGUUCAGGCCCAAAAGCACACAAGGAGGAAACCAUUUAAAUGCUUGGAUUGUUGGAAGCCAGAAACAGUCCAAAGAGGAGAAUGUAUACCUGCUUGUAAGGAGUAAUAAGGUUCAGUAAGAAUUGAAUGCUUGUCUCAUAUUAAGUCAUGCAGUUGGGGAGAAGCCUGGUAAGGGCUUGGAAUGUGGAUCUCAUUGCAAUCUCCCUGCUGGUGUCAGACCAUAUGAAUCACCAUAGGAAAAGCUAUCACUGCAUGAAGAGCUGUUAGGAGAAACUACCAUAUUUCACAACAGAAGUGUGGAGGAGCAUGUGAGAUGUGGAAAUAAUGUCUCUUAGAAUGGAGACCUUACUGACUAUCUAAGAAUAUCUCAAGGGUACCCCCAUGAAUGCUGAGAUUUCAAAAUGAAUUUUAAUUGAAGAAUAAAGCUAAGUUUUUAAAAAUUAUUAUUAAAAAGUGGUUUAUGGGAUUUGGUAAGGUUGCAAAGGAAUGUCAUCCACCUGUCUCAAAACAGUAUGUCCUCUGUGAGAAUUUCAAGUGCAGAGUAACUGGGAAGAAUGAAUGAGAUUUAAUUGUUAAUAUAGAGGUUUAAAGAAGUAAUUACUGUUUUAAUGGACACCGGUAUAAAGAGGAAAGCAAGUGUCCAAUGAAUUCUGGAUAACAGGUAUCACAAAUGAUUGGCAAUAUGGCCUUUUAAUAUCUAAAGGGCAAAAGGCUGAGUUUGAAACCAUCUCUAAAAUUGGUUGGUAAGAGCUGUGAAGAGUUGUAAAAUGUUUCUUAUAUCACUGUAAUAAUUUAAAUAUACUUUUGUCCUUAAAUAAUGAAAUAUGUUUUUGUUUAUCACUUAAUA